AUGAACUGUGAGACCAAGCAUGCGGUUCAUUGUGCAGUCUUGCUUUGCUGGAUAUUCGGCUUUGCCUAUAUAUGUCGAGUAUUCGACAGCGAAGACAGCAAGCCAUCUAGUGCCAUUGAACAAUAUGGCUACAUCUGGACGAUGUUUCUUUACGCUCUUCGAUUUACAGCUCUCCUAGUAUUACCUCAGUGCUUAUGCAACUUAUUAGGACUUGUUUUGUUCAAUGCUUUCAAGGAAAAAGUUCCACUCAAAGCAGCUCCGCUUCUUUCGCCUUUUGUGUGCUUCCGGGUAGUUACGAAGGGAGAUUUCCCACUCUUGGUUAAGGAAAAUAUCGCGAUAAACAUGCAGUCAUGCUAUGACGCUGGUAUGGAAAACUUUAUGUUCGAGGUUGUAACCGAUAGACCCAUAAAUUUACCUCCCCAACCACGUAUGAGGGAAGUUGUUGUUCCAAGCUCGUACCGAACAAAAACAGGAGCGAAAUUCAAAGCGAGAGCUUUGCAGUAUUGUCUGGAAGAUGAUGUGAAUAGUCUACAUGAUAACGACUGGAUUGUCCAUUUGGACGAAGAAACUUUAUUGACGACAAAUUCCAUCUGUGGGAUUCUUAACUUCUGUGUGGAAGGGAAGCAUCAGUUUGGCCAAGGAUUAAUCACCUAUGCGAAUGGAGAAAUUGUCAAUUGGCUAACAACGUUGUCCGAUUCCUUUAGAGUAGCUGAUGAUAUGGGAAAACUUCGAUUACAAUUCAAAUUGUUUCACAAACCCUUGUUUGGUUGGAAAGGAUCUUAUGUUGUUACUCAAGUAGCGGCUGAGCGAAAAGUUUCUUAUGAUCAUGGAAUGGAAGGCUCAAUAGCUGAAGAUUGUUUCUUUUCGAUGAUAGCCAUGUCGCAGGGAUACUCGUUUGAUUUUAUCGAAGGAGAAAUGCAUGAGAAGAGCCCUUUUACCAUGUGGGAUUUUUUACAACAGAGGAAACGAUGGCUACAAGGGAUUCUAUUAACCGUUCAUUCAUCGAAAAUCGCUAUCGCACAUAAGUCUUUACUCGCUCUAUCCCUAUACGCUUGGGCUACCAUGCCGAUAACAUCUUUACAAGUGUUUAUUUGUCCCAUAUUUCCUCUUCCGAGGUGUUUACCAUUUGAUUUCGCAUUAGCUUUCGUUGGGGCAGUAAAUCUGUACAUGUACAUCUUCGGAGUGAUCAAAUCAUUUUCACAUAAGUACAGAAAUAGUUUUUGGAGACUUUUUCUAUACUUAGUUGGAGCGUUGCUCACUAUUCCUUUCAACAUAAUUAUCGAGAAUGCGGCGGUUUUAGUUGGAAUGUUUGGCAGAAAAGAUCAAUUUUACAUUGUCAACAAAGACAUGCAUAUCCAAACUGUUUGA